AGGUUCGCCAGGCAAGGUCGAUGGAGGGAGAGAAGAAGGUGGCCGCCAUGGAGGAGGUGAAAGGGAAGGAGACGACGGCGGAGGCGGUGGCCGCCGACGUGAGCCUGAAGCAGCUGUCCAAGAAGCUCGAUGACUUCGCCAAGGAGAGGGACUGGGAGAAGCACCAUAGCCCGAGGAACCUCCUGCUUGCCAUGGUUGGUGAGGUCGGGGAGCUGUCGGAGCUGUUCAUGUGGAAAGGGGAGGUCCAGAAGGGUUGUCCGGGCUGGGAGGAGUCGGAGAAGGAACACCUCGGCGAGGAGCUCUCCGACGUGCUGCUCUACCUGAUCCGGCUCUCUGACAUGUGCGGCGUCGACCUUGGCGACGCGGCACUGAAGAAGAUUGUGAAAAACGCCGUCAAGUACCCGGCUCCGUCAAAGGGGGCCUGAUGCAACGCCUAAUGAUCUACAGACGCGCUGCUAGUUCUUAUGCGGGCUUCUUGUCGGGCGGAUCAUGCAUCGUAGCUUUAUGUAAUUCCUAGUGGACCGAUGUCGAGAAUUUUUCUCUUAUGAGAACUUCAGUUUGCGUGGUAUGCUGUUGAAACGUCUGUGAGUGAGACAGAACGGAAUUUUGCGAAA